AACUACACAGCAAUUUCUUAUACUUGGGGAGAUGCCAGUCUUCUCAAGAUGAUUUGGAUCAAUGGGGUGCCACUUGAAAUUACAACAAACUUAUUCGAAGCUCUCUUGCAUGUGAGAGAUACAAAGAGGCAAUUGCGUAUAUGGGCAGAUGCAAUAUGCAUCAAUCAACACGAUGAUGAGGAGAAGAGCUUUCAAGUGGGGAUGAUGGGAAGGAUUUAUGCUACGGCACAUCAUACAGUCAUAUAUGUUGGACUCGAGCCUACGUCCGCGCUAUCGAGAACAUUCCGCCAAUAUUAUCCAUCGGAGCGAGAAGCACAACAAAUUGCACAAAAGCCAUGGUUUGGCCGACUCUGGUGUUGCAAGAGUUGGUAUUGUCCAAGAAUCCUUGGGUUCAGUGCGGCCUUGUCCGUUGGAAAUGGGACAAUUACGUUCAUGUUAUCGAAAAUAUGA